UCAUCCUCCGUUGCAAUGGAGAAACAUGGAUUUGGAAUCGUCAUGGAUCGUCUACUUGCGAAGGGCAUGGAAAUACAGAUAUUUGCAUCGGAUCGACAUGUCGGGAUUCGAAAGAUGAUGAAAACCAAUUACCCCCAGAUCAACCAUCAAUUUGACAUAUGGCACUAUUCAAAAUCCAUUAAAAAAAAACUCACUAAAGUUUCAAAAAUGAAAUUAUGCAAGCAAAUAGCUCCCUGGAUUGACAAGAUCGGUCUUCACUUCUGGUGGUGUGUCAAAACAAGUCAGAAUAACGUCGACCUAUUCAAGGAAAAGUGGUUUUCACUACUGCAUCACAUCUGCAACCAGCACCAGUGGGAAGCAAAUCUGUACAGCAAGUGUGCUCAUAAAACUAUUGAAGAUGGUGAUGAAGAAAAACGCUACUUAUGGAUCAUCAAAGACACUCCUCCUUUUACAAACAUAGAGAAGAUUGUGACAAGUCAGCAAUUUCAAAAUGAUAUGCCGCAUCUUAUUCAUGGAUGUCACACUGGUGCACUGGAGAAUUUCCACAGUUUGGCGUUGAAGUAUCGCACCAAGCGGAUUCAUUUCGGGAUGGAUGGAAUGGAGGCUCGAACAAAGUUAGCGGUUUUAACCCAUAAUAACAAUACCGGAAGAAAACAGGCCACAGUCAAAUUUUCACGUUCCAACACUGAAGCGGUAGGAGCAAGAAGAACAAAGUUGUUUGUCCCAAAAGGAAGAUCUCGUUGGAUCGUCCGCAAUGUAUACGAGAAGUUAUCGGUUGAAUUUAUGUAUGAUAUUAUUGAUGAUGUACUCAAGAUGGCAGGUGGUAAAAUCUCACACGAUUGGGAAAGUCGAACUGCAUCACUACCUCCUAACAUAGCAAAUAUGGAGCGGCCUAAUAAAGCUGAAAUCAGGCAAAUGCAAAUUAAUCGAUUUCGUUACAGCGAAAAAUAGAACCUCUUUAUAAAAAAUUCAAAAUAAUGGUUCUUCACAGUUAAUUUACAAAGCAAUACCGGUUAAAAAAAUAAAAAAAGUUUUUGUUUAUGGUGUUAUGGUUAUCUCGUUAAUCAUUUUGUUAGUGUCUUCCAGGAGAGAAAUCAAGUCUCUUAUGGACUGACCACACUUGAUGCCUGUUUCUACUUAGAAUGAACAACCAUGAAUGUCUUUUUUUGGUUCUUAUAUUCCAACGUUAGAUAAGUUUUAUAUCACGAAUGGAACUACAAUCAAUCAUACUGUGUUAUGAUAAUGCAGUUACUAUUGAUGGAAUGCAAGUGUCCGAAUACGAUCCUCUCCCAAGCAACCAUAAAUAUGUUUUAUUUAUUACUAAGAAUUUUUUGUUAAAAAUGUUUUUACAAUAAAAUUGUUUAUUUUUUUAUUUUUUUCAGAUGAAUUAGUCGGCAGUGUGAAUCAAGUUCUAUGUGCCCGUGAAUGUCCGUUUCUCUACGCAAUCUUAACCAUAUAAAACUAUAAACUUGAAUUUGACUAAUAAAGUUCAGUUAUAGACAUCCGACAUUUACUAUGAGUUUGAAUAUUUUGGAUAAACAUUAAAGGAUCCCACUCUCACUUGGAGCUUGAUUCACGCCGCAGACAGAUGCAUGUGAAAAAAAAAAAUUUUUUUACUAUUUAUAUACUGUGUGUGUUAUUUUUAGAUGAAACAGAGAAAUGUGAAUUUGUUACCAAGCAACCAGCAGGAACAGGUUGUAAGUAGCGUCACGUCUCUAAUACGCCGGGUAUAAUUUCGAGAAUCUUUUUUUAUAGGGAACCUGUCUCCAGGAUUUUGUGUAUCGAGCUGGGGACAUGGGCUUCUAGACGGCCGUUGGCACAUCUAGAAGCCCCCAGUCCCCAUAGCUCAAUGUGCUUUUUUCUCGGCUGAAAAAUAAUUUUAGAGCUAAGCAAAUUAACCAGAUAUCACUCCCGUGUCAGGAGAUAAUGAAAAUAUGACUCCUCUCCGGACAUUGGAGUCAUAUCUAGUUCAUUUACAUAUCUCUAAAAACAAUUGUUGGCCGCCAUAGAAUCACAUAGAGCAAUGGGGACUGGGUACUGCAGAUGUGCCACCGGCCAUCUAAAAGCCCAUGUCCCCAGCUCUAUAAACCAAAUCCUGGGGAAAGGUUCAAUUCAAAAAUUGAAUUCUUAAUAAAACAUGUUAAGUCAAAUUAUUUGGUUAGUUAGUUAGUUGGCAAUUCAGAAGGUUGACUUAUUGACUUGGAUCCAGAAUCCUGCAUCGUAGGUGACUGAAAAUAAAUUUUCUUUAUAGCUUUUAAUUUUUUUAUAAUCAAAUUUCGAACCAGAUUAUUAAAGACAUGCUAUCGCUGCACCCUAACUGGCCCUGCCGGUAUCUUAGUACAGAAUUCAUAGGUGACUGGUUCAUAAAACACAGUAUACCAAUAGUAAAAAUAAUUGGUGAGUGACAGGAAUGGCUAGAAGGGGA